CUUAGAUACAUAUUUGAGUUUCUUUGUUCAACAUUUUCAUUGCGGCUUUGUUGUUUAUUAAGAAAAUUAUGUCAUUAAAAAUUUAAAAUUCAAAAUAAAAAUUUUGGUUAUUUCUAAAAAAAUCCUUUCUCUCUUGGAAAAAAUUCCCCAAAAAAAUAUGUAUCCUCCUCCCUCUACCAAGAAAAUUGUACAGAUUUCUGAAGAAUCCUUGGCUCCCACCUAUGUUCACUUUGUUGUUGACAAUGAAUAUUACAUUGCCACACAACAGGAUAUGCGAAAAAUUGAAGAUGUUCGUUUGAUAAGUUUUCAAAAAUUACAACAAAAUGGCAAUGUUUAUCCCAUUGAUCCCCAGUCGGUGGAAUAUCUGCUGCAGGUGUUGAAAAGUGGAGCGGCAAAUAUAAUUUGUGUAACAAAUAAAUCGAACGAUGUUUAUCCUCAACCUAUGGAUACCUCUCCGUGUGGUGCAAAAUAUUCCAUUGAAGAACAAUUGAAAUGGGAUAGAUGCAGUAAUACAAAGCAAAUGCCUUUCCCUUUUACAUAUUCCAAAGGCACAUCUACCACGGACUUAAUGGCAUGUCUUGAAAAACAAACCACCCCAAAAUGCCCGAAAAAAGUCUCAUUUUCCUGUGCCACUCAAACGCAUGAAUCAAUAACCACCACAACCUGUCAAGAUGCCAGGGAACAAAGGAAACAAAAGAAGCUUAUAUCUUCGUACUUUUCUUAA